CAACGGAUCAACAACACCCGGAUCAGUUCAAAGGCAAUACUCAAACAUACAAAUGGCAUCAAUGAUUGCGCUACUGAUAGGCAUAUAUCAGCUAUUGUUUGGUAUAUUUCGUAUGGGCUUUGUCUCGGUCUAUAUGUCCGAGCAGUUGAUCAGUAGUUUCAUAACCGCCUCAUCAUUCUAUGUGUUGACCUCACAAAUCGGUUACAUGUCUGGCCUCCACCUCCACUCCCAUAGCGGCCCGUUAUCUCUGUUUCAUACGUACAAAGAGUUCUUCGGCUCGAUCUCUAUGGCCAACACUAUAUCACUACUGGUGUCCCUCAUCUGUAUUGCCAUACUAUUACUGUUUAAGCUGUACCUCAACGAUAAGCUCAAACAAUGGACCAAACUGAACAUCCCGUUCCCCAUCGAACUGGUGCUGGUGGUGGGCAGCACCGUUAUGACCUCAUUCUUCAAGCCAGACAUCGAAACGGUGGGCGCGAUCGCCACAGGCCUACCCUCACCCAUAUCGCCCGAGUGGUCGCUACUGCCGAAGCUAUGGCUCCGGUGCAUACCAUUGGCUAUCGUCGCCUACGCUAUCACUUAUUCAACGGGAAAGACAUUUGCCACGAAACACAACUAUGAAAUCAACUCCAAUCAGGAGCUGCUGGCCAUCGGCACCACUAAUAUCUUCAGCUCAUUCUUCUCGUGUCUGCCAACGGCUGCCUCAUUGUCGAGGAGUGCGGUUCAGGAGGCGGUGGGCGGACGCACACAGAUGGCUAGUAUUGUCAACAGCGCCGGCAUAUUGUUUGUGCUCUUAUUCUUUGGUCAAUAUCUCGAAAAUCUUCCAAAUUGCGUUUUGGCGGCGAUUAUAUGCGUGGCUCUCAAGACACUGUUUGCACAGAUCUUUGAUGUCUACAGAUAUUGUAGAGUCAAUAAACUCGACGGGUCCAUAUGGAUCGUCACAUUCCUAGCUGUGAUAAUACUGAACGUGGACAUUGGCUUAUACGUCGGUCUCGCCUACUCGCUGAUCACACUUAUUUAUAAGUCUCAGAGGCCUAAGACCUACUUAUUGGGAUCCAUUGACAAGUCCGAUGUCUACGUGCCGCUGAAGAAGUAUGCCUCGGCUCACGAGGUGAACGCCAUAAAGAUAUACCAGUUUUGCGGUCCAUUGCACUUCGCGAACUGCGUUUUGGCGGCGAUUAUAUGCGUGGCUCUCAAGACACUGUUUGCACAGAUCUUUGAUGUCUACAGAUAUUGUAGAGUCAAUAAACUCGACGGGUCCAUAUGGAUCGUCACAUUCCUAGCUGUGAUAAUACUGAACGUGGACAUUGGCUUAUACGUUGGUCUCGCCUACUCGCUGAUCACACUCAUUUAUAAGUCUCAGAGGCCUAAGACCUACUUAUUGGGAUCCAUUGACAAGUCUGAUGUCUACGUGCCGCUGAAGAAGUAUGCCUCGGCUCACGAGGUGAACGCCAUAAAGAUAUACCAGUUUUGCGGUCCAUUGCACUUCGCGAACGUCGAGUACUUCAAGAAA